GGAACCGAUGCCACAGUUGGUAAUUUCACUGUGUCUAAAGAUGAUGACAAUUCAAUUACUACAUCUGAUGGAUCUGGAAACACAGUCACUGUUACUGAUACAGGAGACAUAACUGACCAAGAUGGUAAUGACUUAGAUCUGUCCUCAGGAGACAAUACCAUUGUUGGAGGAAUUAUAGUUACCAAGGUAGACAGUGAUACUGUUGUGGUUUCUGAUGACUCUGACAAUGAAUUAAUCAUCACCGUUGUGCCUGAUGAAACUACUGGAACAUCCGAUGGAUCUGACUCUGGUGGAUCCUCACCAAUCACUGACAGCAAUGGCAACAGUAUCAACCUCUCAAAUGGACAAAGUUCAACAGUUGGUGACUUAACUGUAGCCCAAACUGAUGAUGGCACUUAUGUUAUAACAGACAGCUCAUCUGGAAAUACAGUCACUGUUACAGGAUCUGUUGUUACUGAUAACAAUGAUAAUAUUUUAUAUAUCACACCUGGAGGUACUCAGACAACAGCAGAUGGUGAUUUUACUGUGAAACAUCCUGGUGAUGACACAUAUGUUGUAACUGCUACUUCUGAUGGAAGUAAGAUUGAAAUCACUGUUCCGUCUACUGCAGUACCAGAAAUUGUCCUCUCUAAUCGACAAGGAAAUGAAAUUGAUGUUUCACCAAGUGGUAGUGAGACAAUUGGAGACUUGACUGUAAGCCUUUCUGCUGAUGGUGAGACAUUCACAAUAUCCGAUGGAUCUUCAGGAGGCAGUAUAGGGGUGAGUGGAGAAACAAUCACAGGUAGCAAUGGUGAUGCAAUUAGCAUUUCUCCUGGUUCAACUACACAAGCUGAUGGUGUGUCUAUCAAACGAGUUGAUGAUGAUACUUAUGUGGUGUCUACUGGAUCGCCUGCAAAUGAUAUCAUAGUUACAGUACCUACAACUACUGUUUCUGGUGUAACUGAUCAACAAGGUAAUACCAUUGAUGUAUCACAGGGAUCUCCUUCCACAGAGGGUGAUAUAACUGUCACUGAGGUUAUACCUGGUACAUACAGAGUUGUUGAUGGCUCAUCUGGAAGCUCAGUUACCAUAUCAGGAACUGGUGUAACAAGUAGCACUGGCAAUCAUGUAAAUCUUUCACCAGGUGGUAGUAAACAAUUUGGUGAUAUGACUGUCAGGCAACUUGAUUCAGAUUCUUAUGUGGUAUCUGAUGGUUCAUCUGAAAGUGAGGUCACUAUCACUGUACCAGCACAACCAGCUGGUACUGUGAUAACUAAUGAUGCAGGAAACCUUAUUGGGGUUGCCCCUGGAGUUAAUGCAUCAGUAGGUGGUAUGACUGUGUCUAAGCCAGAUGGCAACACACAUGUAUUUACUGACACAAAUGGAGAUGGAGUUACAAUUUCAACUGCACCAGGAACACCUGGAGCUGUUAUCACAGAUAACAAUGGAAAUAAUGUUGACUUAUCAGAAGGAGGAAGUACCACAGUUGGUAGUCUAACAAUUGGAAAAGAUGAUGAGACCACAAUCACAGUAACAGAUGAUUCUGAUAAUACUGUGACUAUCACAAUUCCCCCUCCAACAUCAGACGGCAUUACUGUUCACGCUCCUUACACACCUGGUGGUGAUAUUGUAAUAUUUGACUCUAAUGGAAACCCCAUCACAACUGAUACUGGAUCAGGUACUGGAACAGGAUCUGAGUCUGGUACAGGAUCUGAUAUCACUGUCACUACUGAAACAACAGAAGAUGGUGAAACAGAGUAUCAUGUUCAUAAUCCAGAUGGUACUGAAGUUAUAAUUACGGAAGAUGACAAUGGGUACUUGAAUGUUGAGGUUGUAACACCAAAGACUUCUUGCAGUGGUAACACUGGAGAUCUUGCAGGCUCUUGUGAUGGAAACACUUUCAAUGACAUUGAUAGUGACUUGAACUCAGAGGAAGACAUUUCUGAGGCUUGCACAAACUGUUUGGUUGAAGGUGAUGAGGAUUCUACACCAUUUGUGUAUACAUAUGAAACACCAACUGGUGUGACGUAUGAGGAACCUCAGAAUUUCAACGGUUCAUGCAUUUGUGGAUUCUAUCUUGACGAUUGUUGUGUGACAAUAGUAGACACAAAUACUAAUGAUACCCAUGCUACAACAUCUAUAGUAAAUGGAACAUUUACCACAUAUGAUGGUGUUCAGUAUGAUCUUGAUGUCAGAGGAGAGUAUGAGUUCUACAACAACAAUAAUACUAAUUCAAGUGUUCAUGUUAGAAUUACUCCAUGUGGGGAUACUACAUGUGUUUCCCAGACACAAGUUAGUACAACUGAUUCUGAUGUGGUUGUGCAUGCACCAUACACUAAUGAUAGUGAUGUUGUUGUAUUUGAUGGUGAGGGUAACCCCAUUGAUUUCUCUGGAGAUACUUGUACAUCAAAUUGCACAUCUACAUCUAUUACUAGUGAUGAUGGUAGUACCAUUGUUAGUCUUACAACAGGGAAGGAAGCAACAGUAAAUGAUGUUACUAUUUCUCGUACUGGUGAAGAUACAUAUGAGGUAACUGAUCCAUCAACUGGAAAUGGAUUUACUAUAACUACAACAAUAACAUCUGAUGGAAUUACAAGCACAGAUAUUACAGAUACAGAUGGCAAUUCUGUUGACCUCUCUCCUGGAAGUUCUGAGACAAUUGAUGGUGUCACUCUGACUCAGGUUGAUGAUGAUACCUAUACUGUAUCUUCUGGAUCAUCUGACAGUGAAAUAACAAUCAAUGUCCCAACACCUACAUCAACACAGGAAGGCACUGGAAGCACAACUACUAUCACUGAUGGAAAUGGUAAUCCUGUCAAUACCUCACCUGGACAAAGUAUAACUACUGGAGAUGUAACUGUUUCUCAACCUACAGAUGGCACAAUUGUGAUCAAUGAUGGGUCCUCUGAUAAUAGUUCCAUAACAAUAACAGAUUCUGGAAUAACUGGUAGUGAUGGCAAUGUUAUCAAUAUUUCACCAGGGAGCAACACCACUUCUGGCAAUUUGACAAUUGUGAGGAUUGAUGAAGACACAUAUGUUGUGGUUGAUAGUGAUGGAAAUGAGGUUACCGUCACUGUAACAUCUCCCACCGAAACUGUCAUUACUGAUAGCAAUGGUAACAAAGUUAAUGUCUCUGGUGAAUCUGCUGCAACAGUCGGAACAUUGACAGUAUCUCAAAAUGCUGAUGAUACAAUCUCAGUAACUGAUAGUGGUACUGGCACAACUAUUACAGUAACACCAACAGGCCUUACAGACAAUGAUGGCAAUAGUGUCAAUCUGUCACCAGGGACUACUGCAGUAAUCAGUGGUCAAACUGUAAUAGAAUUGAUGAGGACACACUAG